AUGGGACAGCAGCAGUCCAAGAAGUCGAAGAAGGGCAGCAAAGACAAGGAUAAGGAGGGCAGUACCGACGCUGGAGCUCCUGAUGCCCCGAGCGCCGACUCCAACGAUACGUCCGCCGCCAGCCUCUCCCGCGCGACGGGCUCCAAGGACCACGCAGCCAACGGGAAUGGCCACGAUGUCCUUGCGACGCCAUCGACACCUGCCAUGACGAUCACAAACCCCGAGGGCGGGGCGGUCGUCCCAAACGGGAGUGGUUCAAGACCCCCCGGCUCUCCGAGCAGUUCUCCUAAUGACGGCCUCGCCGACAACUCAGGCAAGAGUCCAUCGGUCACAUCAUCUCCCCUGGCUCAUGGCAAACCUGCUCCCCUCGAUAUUCCUAUCACCCAUACCAUACUUUCCACCUCUCCAGGUUAUCCCACCCCCGGGUCGACGAACAGCUUCUCUAUCAACGAACCGUCGAGCGUCACGAACAAGGCGAACGGGAAGGAUGCUGUGAAACAGCUGGACAUCGAUGACAUGAUCCAGCGGUUGUUGGAUGUCGGGUACACGGGCAAAGUGAGCAAGUCGCUCUGUCUCAAGAACGCAGAGAUCGUCGCAAUUUGCCAGGCUGCCCGUGAAGUGUUUCUCAGCCAACCGACGCUCAUUGAGCUUUCACCACCCGUGAAGAUCGUUGGCGACGUACAUGGGCAGUAUUCCGACCUUAUCCGCCUGUUCGAGAUGUGCGGAUUCCCGCCGGCGGCGAACUACCUGUUCCUAGGCGACUACGUGGAUCGAGGGAAGCAAAGUCUUGAGACCAUCCUCCUUCUCCUUUGUUACAAGAUCAAGUACCCCGAGAACUUUUUCCUCCUCCGAGGUAACCACGAGUGCGCAAAUGUCACCAGAGUGUACGGCUUCUACGACGAAUGCAAGCGCAGGUGUAACCUGAAGACCUGGAAGACAUUCAUUGACGUCUUCAACUGUCUCCCCAUUGCCGCCAUCGUCGCGUCGAAGAUCUUCUGCGUGCACGGCGGACUUUCGCCCUCUCUGCACUCUAUGGAGGAAAUCAAACGGAUACAGCGACCAACAGACGUCCCCGACUACGGCCUCCUGAACGAUCUGCUAUGGUCAGACCCUUCGGAUACCGCAGUGGACUGGGAAGACAACGAACGCGGAGUCAGCUAUUGUUUCGGAAAGGCCGUCAUCAACGACUUCCUCUUGCGGUAUGACAUGGACCUCAUCUGCCGAGCACACAUGGUUGUGGAGGAUGGCUACGAGUUCUGGAACGACCGGACUCUGGUGACCGUAUUUAGCGCGCCCAACUAUUGCGGAGAGUUCGAUAACUACGGCGCAUGCAUGAGUGUGUCUGAGGAGCUCCUCUGUGCGUUCGAAUUGCUCAAGCCUCUAGAUGGACCGGCACUACGAAAAGAGAUGACCAAGGCCAAGAGGAAGAGCAUGAUGGCCAACACGACCUGA